AUGUUGAGGAUGGUCCUGCUCUGGGUGUUUUGUUUCCUUUUGCAUUUGGCUAGCGGCUCGGUCAGCUGGCUGUAGGUUGUUUUUUGUUUUCGAAUAAAAGAUUUACAUUACUCUGUGGAAAGGUUGAUUAUGUGGUCAAAAAGUUUGUAGAAAAACAGAAAAAUAGCGUCGAAUUUAAAUAUAAAGUCGACUUUAACAUUUUCCGUCAUUUCUUACUGUAAUCUCCCACUUUUGUCAUCAUUUUCUAAUUUUAACUCCACCUUACCCCUAUAACAAUAUCUUUUGUAUCAUCUUCAAAGUUCUUUUACAGUGUAGUAGGAAUGGCGAGUCAAUCCCCGCACAUUCACCGUGAGCACGCUGUGAAGCCGGCUCAGAUUUGCAAAGAGCUUCCGGGUCUGACACGACGACAAAUUAAAUUCUGUCGCCGGAAUCUGGACACGAUGGAGUCGAUUCGCGACGGUGCUCGUGAGGCCUACGAAGAAUGUCAGCAUCAGUUCCAGAAGAGACGAUGGAACUGCACGAUGAUGACAGAAGACGGCCGACUCUUCGCCGAUGCCAUUACUAAAGAUGGCACUCGAGAGGCGGCCUUCGUUCAUGCUAUUAGUGCUGCUGGUGUAGCUUAUCGUAUUACCAAGGACUGUAAACGAGGAAGAAUCUCAAAGUGUGGUUGUGACAUCGGACUGACUACACGGUAGGCUACGGUCUCUUUUAUUUACAUAGAAUUUUAAAACAUCACCAAAGAAAUAAGAUGAUAAAAGUAAGAGAAAUCUUUGAAAAAUGUUAUUUUAGAACGAUGGUACCCACCAGAAAGUAUUCUUAUCGUGGCUGUUCCGACAAUGUAAACUAUGGCAUCGCAGUAUCAGCUGAGUUCGUAGAUGCAGCGGAGAAACAGAAGAAUCAAUCUAUGGAGACACGACUUAUGAACCAGCACAAUAACAGAGCUGGGCGAGAGGUAAAACAUUACAUUUUAAGUAUUGAUAUUAAAACCCGUAUUUUACUAUACCACUCUUUUAUCUAAAAAACCUGAAUAUAAUUUUCCAUUACCUAUUCAGUCCAUUUGAAUCAAAAAUACUCUGCUAAAAAUUCAUAAAAUUUAUUUCUAAAUUUAUUUUCCAUCCUUCAGGUCCUAGCUACAAGCAUCAAAACUCGUUGUAAAUGUCACGGUGUAAGUGGAGCCUGUGAAGUCAAAACCUGUUGGGAAGAACUGCCAGAAUUCCGAGAGAUCGCUACGCUUCUAAAGGACAAAUUCGACGGUGCUACUGAGGUUGAGAUCUCCAGAAACGAGAACACUGGGAUUCCGACGAUGGAGAGGAAGAAUCCACUCUUCAAGAGACAUACCAACUCGGAUCUGGUGUAUCUGAACCCAUCUCACGACUACUGUGAGCCUGACGAAGGCAAAGGAGUCCUGGGGACACACGGCAGACCAUGCAACAUCUCUAACAUGGCUCUGGAUAGCUGUGAUCUGGUAUGUUACCUACUAUAAUAUCAGAUACGUAGUUUCCUUGAUUAAAUUACUAUUAUUUUGACAAAAUAGCGCAACAUAACACUGAAAACCUAGUUUCUAAUCUUAUGAUACAGAAUAUUUCUGAAUACUAUAUUUUUCAGCUUUGUUGCCACCGCGGCUACAAUUUAGAGAUAAAGACGGUGACCGAGCGAUGCAAGUGUAAAUUCCAUUAUUGUUGCCGAGUGGAAUGUCAGACAUGUGAACGAGUGGUAGAGACGUACACGUGCAAGUAA